CAGUCGAGCGUCGGUUGUCGUCACGCGCGUAUCGUCGUACAGGGAGAAGCGCACACAUCGUCGCCGGCUGACUUCUUCCGCGAAAGAAUCACGAGCGACGGCGCACGCGGAGCGUACCGGCGUAAGGAAACGCGUUCACUUGGACGUAACGUCUCAGACUCGCGUAUCGGAGUAUCCUUCAUCACAACACUCGCGGCGAGACAUGACGGAGACAACAUUGACGGACUACGAGGAAGGCGUAUGCUUCGACGCGGACGAUCCGGACUUCGCGCCCCCGAUCAUUACGUUGGACAAUGUCAUCACGGCUCAAUGUUUGGUCAGCAACAAUGUCGUUGACGAAGUCAUCAGUCAAUCGAGUCAAGUCCGAUUCAAUCAGCUCAACAUGUCGGUCACCUCUGUGCAGCCCACUACGGAGAGCCUUUCCCGCCACGGGAGUAACAUCUCCUUGUGCCACAGCCUGUGCGGGAGCGUGGACGAUGGCCUCCAAGGCUCGCAUCCUCAGUAUCAGGACACGAUCGUGACGAUAGAGGAGCUGCGGGCUCAGCUGAACUCCUGCUUCACAUGCGGAGUGUCGUGGAGCGAGGAGCAUGUCUCUUUGGACUGCAGCGAGUGCGGCGGCUAUUCCCUGCAACGGCCGUGUCCGCUCUGCGACGGUCGCUGCCACACCGCGUGGAAGCGCGACCUCACCAUGUCGCAUGCAAGCGGCAAGGCGAGAUGGAUCGGUGAGUGCGGCCUGAGCUGCGGACCCUCGUUGGAGGAAUCGCUCGUGCCCGCGUUGGAGAAAUUGCGAGCUACCUCGUGAACGGCGUCGUCGACGGCCGGCCCCCAAGCCACCGACACAAUGCACAAGACUUAAUCCAUCACUCCAUCUAGCGUCACCCACCAUCAUCGCGUGUGAGAGGAACAGAGAGAGAGAGAAAGAGAGAGAGAGAGAGAGAGAGAGAGAGAGAGAGAGAGAGAGAGAGAGAGAGAGAGAGAGAGAAAGCGAGAACGUGUGAAUGCAGAUCGUGCGUGAUAUGGAUUAUGUUCCUGAGGAGAGGGCGGCUGACGAGAGAAAGAAAGAGAGAGAGAGAGAGAGAGAGAGAGAGAGAGACGAGCGGGAACAAAGCAAAAAGAACUCCAGCUCCCGUGACUGUUCUCUCUCUCUCUUUCUCCCUCUCUCCCGAAGAUACAAAACCGGACCCGGUUUAGUUUCUCGGCAUCGGAGACCACCGUCGUCGUCGUUGUUGUCGUCGUCGUCAUCGUCGUCAUCGCCUUCCCGGCGAAAGCACAAUGCUGCACGGCAGAGCUGACUUCUACGUCGCUGCGAACUGAUUGAAAGCGUCGCGCGGACCACCAGAGCGAAGAGAUUACUACCACCGUGCCAUCCGAUUCUCGAAUGGAGCUUGCGAUCUGAACUUUCUUCAUUCGCUGCCCGGGUUGAAAAUCACAAGCAAGGCCACCUGGAUCGAUCGCCGAAUCUUCCUUCGGCGGUCCCUUGAUCGUCGAUGAUUCCUUGGCUGGAGCCCCACCACCAGCUGUCCCUCUUUCGUCGCCGCGUAAUCUUCUUUCUUCAGACACGCACCAUUAUAUUAUCGCACAUCUGUUAGAUCGGGAAAAAAGGCUACUGUUUCCUUUGAGAGACAGCUUCUUCUGCACGACGCUGAGAUCGCGAGAUACUUUUCAAUUCACCAAACCGUCUCUAAAAAAAAGUUGAGGAGCCUUUUCACUCGCGAAUACACGCAGACGGCGUCUGAAUAGAGGUUCGAGACUCUGUCCUUUAGAAUUGUAGAUUCUAAACCGAGUUCUAAACAGUUCAACGGCGAACGAAAGAGACACGUUGGCGCGUGUGUACGUGUAGCGUUGAUGAGAAGUCGGCUAGGCGUGGAACCGUGUAUGUACGGGACACACUCGAAUAAUUCCGUCUGGGUGCGUCUCGCAUUUAUCCGGCUUGCUGUAUAUAUAAAUAACGUUCGAGAGGUCACGCGAACAGUUAGCGCAAUUUUCAUCGUUGUUCGCGAGACAGUUUUUAAUUUCCGGACUUGAGCGUGUAGCACUCUCCGAGCGACCGUGAUUCGCUCGCUCGCUUAAUUGCGGUGUAAUUUUGCGAACACUCCACCGCGCUAUACUCAUCGAAGACUCGUUGCGAAUAUACCUUGACGAUUUUUUACACAGACGGAAAUCGUUCAGUACUCUGCAUUUUCCCUUUUAUGUUUCUCUUCAUUAUUUCCCCCUCCCCCCUCCCCCGAAGAUAUAUUCGUCGCUCGCGCGACUCGAGCGAGCUCGAUGGACGGUAGCUUUUAGAGACUUUUGAUCGUUCCUACACGUAAUAAUAUAUCCUGACGAGCCGGGACUUUCAUUUUACUUUUUUACGUAACGCAAGUUACAAAUCUUCGGCCUCUCUUGUCGCGAAAGGAGUGCGUUUGCAUUAUGCGAAUUUUACUAGGAUAAUUACUAGGCGAGAAAUUAAUCGCGACUUGAAGCGAUCUAAUGUGCGCAAAGCCGACGAGCGGUUUUCGCGCAAAAGAGCACGACGUAUCGAUGCUAUAUAGGAUGAACUGUAAUUUGGUAUCUCACUUUAGAUCGUCGCUAUAUCACCGACGAGAGACGAUCCCGAGCUUUGCGAAUGUAUACGAUGAGAGAGAGAGAGAGAGAGAGAGAGA